UGCGAAGUUGCAUUUCCUGUCUGUCGUGUCAAAACAGAAAGUAAGAAACAAUAGAAAAGAUAUGACUUUGUAGCUUCGUAAGCCCAGUUAAAUCGCACUGACAACCGCCGAAAUUAUGGAGAACGAAAGUGUGAUUCUACUUAGUGUUCCGUCCACACAGACAAUAACCAAUUCAAACACUCAUGUUCUUAUAAACAAAGAGUACAACCGGAGAAAACAUAAUGAUUACGAUAAACAAAUAGAUGCCAACUGGAACAAAAGAGUCUCCGACAAUCCAAAGAUCUUUAAUGGAACUAAAUUUCGCCUAUCAUCUGUUUCUCUGUCUAAUGAUACUUUUACUAUGAACUUGGGACUGACAUGUUAUAAGGAAUUUUUAGGAACAAAUUGGUGUAAGAAUGCCAAGUUUUUGGCCGAGGAUGGUGUCAGGGAUUUCCAAGACAGCCAGGCAUACAUGUCUGAUCCACUGGGAGUCGGUACGAUUGUCCUGACGACGGACGAUAAAGUUAUUUUCCUAACUAGGAGUGAACAUUGUGCAGAAGCUCCAGGGUUAUGGGAUGUUCCAGGGGGUCACCCAGAGCCACAGGAAAUUGUUGGGAAGAUUCCUUUAGAGGAAAUAAAGUUUUCAGACCUGAAUGAAGAAAAAGUUGUGAGCGAGAUUUACGAUUCAAUAAUGAGAGAAGUUGUUGAUGAGGUGAACAUUCCAGCUUCCUCCCUCUCAAGACCAAACUUCAUUGGUGUGGCUCAAAAUAUUUCUGCAGCUAAGCGUCCAAGUUCUGAGUUUAUAAUCAGCUGUAGUUUGUCCUCCUCAGAAGUUAGGGACCUGUACACCAAAGGAAACCAGGAGGAAGCUUACGAAUCUACAAAUAUCCAGUUUGUACCCAAGAAAACUGUGCUUAGCUUAACACCAAGUCAUGAAAUAUGGGCCAACCUAGCUCCAUCUGCCAAAGGCUGCAUCAUGUUGUACAAAUUAUACAGUAACACAGCUGUUUUAAAAUAACUUAAACUGUGGUUUAUUAAUUUUUGUAGAAAUCAAAUUUCAUGUUAUUGGCAAAAAAUAUUAUUUUAAUAUAGAUAUUUUAAUUCAUAUACAGCUAUCUCCUAUUCUGUCAUAUGUACAAUUUGCAAUUUUGAUGACCUAAUUUUGUGGUCUGGCUCAACAUGAAAACAACAAAAAUUGAUGUUCAACAAAAACUGAUGAAACUACUGUAAUAUUUGUGGACAUAUCAAAGAAGUGCCUUUAACAGAUUUUUUUAAGCUUGCAUAAUAUGGGGAAGAAUAAACUACAAGUAUUUUUAUAUC